GCAACAGUUUUUGGCAAAUCAAUAAAUACAUUCGUUGAGAGCGAACGCGCUGCGCAAAAGUGAAAAACCAAUCAACGAACGCAUACAAGAAGUUAUGCCGCACAAUAAUCAGCAACCCUCCGCACCGGGCGAUGAUCCAUUGGGUCCGCCCAAGGCAGACUUUAGCGCACCUCCGCCGUACGAGCCGGACGCACAGGGUCAGGGCGGCCAACAGCCACUGGCGCCGCAGCAGCCCUCGCUGGCGCUGACCGCACACGUUGCAAGCGAUGGGGAUCAGUCGCAGAGCUGUGAGCUGGCGCUGCCGCAGGAGCUGCACGGCAAGCUGCCCACAUAUGAGGAGGUGCAAAUGGAGAAGUCACUGAAUGGAGAGCUGCCGCCCGCCUUUCUGACCUUGCCAACGACCCAGCAGUUGCCGCCGCCGCCAAAUCCGCUGUUGCCGCUGCCCCCAAAUCCGCUGCGUGAUGGCCCCGGCGCUGUGCGCUCCAAUCAUCCGGCGCUGACGUUCAUUGCCAUCGAUGCGGGCGAUCCGGAGAACAGCCUGUCGACCACAGACAAUUUGCUGGGCACGGACAUCAUGUUCAUUACGGCGUUUAUGGUCGCAUUUCUAUUCAACUGGAUUGGCUUUCUGAUGCUCACCUGUUUCUGUCACACGAUUGCGGCCCGGUACGGCGCUCUGUCCGGCUUCGGGCUGUCGCUGGCCAAGUGGACGCUGAUUGUGAAACACUCAACGGACUUGGCCUCGCAUGAGAACUCGUGGCUCUGGUGGCUAAUCUGCGCCUUUGGCUUCCUGAUUGCCAUACGCGCCUUCAUACAGUAUGUGAGCAUCAAACGCUCCUGGCGCCUGCUCUCCGCAUCGGCCCAGGAGCGAUUGCUCUUCUUCUACUAGGUGCGGGCGCCGUCGCCGACGGCGGAUUAUGUAAAUACAUUAGAAGUGCGAGUCAUUUGAAAACGAUAAACAUAUGCAAAUAUCCUUUACGUUCGAUCCCAAAAAA